CAGUAGAGUAGUGCACUCGUCGAUCGGAAUCGAACAAGAUCGAAGAUGGCGGCCCGCCGGACUUGUUUGGUUGUGGUCUCUGCGGCCCUGGUAGCCGUGUGCGCCGCCGCCUCCGUCGCCGCACAGCAGCCAACUCGGCCGCAGCCGCUGCCGUCCAACUACCACAUCAUCACCCCGGGCAAGUACAAGAGGGACCAGCAGCUGGCUUGCGGCGACCCCAACGGCAACAAGCCCAGCUGCAACGCCAAAUGCGACAAGCGAUGCCCUAACCAGUGCAUCGUCCUCUGCCCAGGAUGCAAGACCUUCUGCAUGUGCGACUUCUACCCCGGCGUGUCGUGCGGGGACCCUCGCUUCACCGGCGGCGACGGCAACAACUUCUACUUCCACGGCAAGAGGGACCAGGACUUCUGCAUCCUCUCCGACGCCAACCUCCACAUCAACGCCCACUUCAUCGGCAAGCGCAACCCCAGCAUGAGGCGCGACUUCACCUGGAUCCAGGCGCUCGGCAUCCGCUUCGCCCACCACCGCCUCUACCUGGGCGCCCAGAAGACGGCCAAGUGGAGCAGCGACGUGGACCGGCUGGAGCUGGCCCUGGACGACGAGGCCGUCAGCAUCCCCGCCGAGGCCGGGGCGCGCUGGGAGUCGGCCGCCGUGCCGGGGCUGUCGGUGACGAGGACCACCGCGGCCAACGGCGUGCGGGUGCAGCUCGCCGGGGUGCUGGACAUCAUGGCCAGCGUGGUGCCCAUCACGGAGGAGGAGUCCCGCGUCCACAACUACGGCGUCACCGAGGACGACAGCCUGGCGCACCUGGACCUGGGCUUCAAGUUCUACGACCUCACCGACGACGUGCACGGCGUCCUCGGCCAGACGUACCGCUCCGACUACGUGAACCAGCUGAGCGUGAGCGCCAACAUGCCCAUCAUGGGCGGGGCGCCCAAGUACGUGUCCUCCGACAUCUUCGCCACCGACUGCGCCGUCGCCAGGUUCGCCGGCAUCUCCAUGGUCACCGCCAAGGCCUACUGAUCGAUUACAUUACCACCCAUCGAUGGCUGCUCGCUUACUAGUAGUGGUCAAGAUUUCUUCAUCACAGCAUGCAUGAAUAAAUUUGUCAGCGAAAACAAUGGAUGUUCACUGUCCAAUGAAAAAAAGGAUGUGUUGACGACGUCUUU